AUGUGGGAAUAUUAUCAAAACAAAUCUGCUCUAGUGACGGGCGGAUCUGGGUUCUUGGGCACAGCCCUCGUCUACCGACUGCUAAGUCGUACGAAGACCUCUCGAGUUUACUUACUUUGCAGAGAUGGUCGCAAGAAGCUCGAAGCCAAAUGGAAGAAAGCUUUACCGCAUGAAAUUGCAAAGGAGCUGUGCGAAUCGAGUCGUCUGAUCGUAUUUGAUGGUGAUAUCGUCAAGCCUGACAUGGGACUGGAUAUACCCGAGCUAGAUGCCAUUCGGCACAACGUUCACAUCAUCAUUCACGCCGCUUCAUCGAUCAACUUAUCGAAGGGCCUGCCUAGCUUAAUGAAUACAGUUAUCAGAGCAACUGAGAAGAUUGCGAAUUUUGCAUUGACGUGCGACCACCUAGACCGUUUCGUCUAUGUGUCUACUGCAUACGCAAAUACCCAUCUCUAUCAUCGCAGCGAGGAAGCCGACGUCGAAAUCAAAGAGAAUUUCUACGAUCUAGAAAAUGAAAUCACCGCUCUUCCUGAAUGGACAGAAGUACAAAAAUUCGGUACUAGCCAUUUCUACGAGGAGGAAAACUUCCCAUGGGCAUAUGCCUAUGCUAAGAACCUCACCGAGCGACUCCUUUUGCAACUAUUCAGCGAUGAGGAUCUCAGCCACAAACUUCUCGUUGUACGACCAUCAGUUAUUGGACCAGCGCAGAAUUUUCCGUUUCCAGGAUAUAGCGUGCCUAUGUCAACUCCGUUGACUAUCUUCACGGCGGCCAUGAUAAUGACCCCAUCCUGGACAUUCCGAUCAUCGACACGGCUUGCAAGCCCAGAUGAUGAGGUAAACAUAGACGAGGUUCCCGUUGAUGUGGUGGUCGAUCGUCUUCUCUGUCAUAUGGCUUUUGGAACAAUCGGUUGUUUCCAUGCUGUGAGUGGCGAGAGAGCCCGGAUGUAUUUUCAUGGGUGGCGGAAGACAUUUACGCAACUUCGCAACAUACCAUGGGUACCGCAUCCUGUCUGGGUACUGCAAGACUGGAAGUCUCCAAACCAGCAUAUGAUGAGUCGACUUUAUGUGAUCUUAGGGGCAUCUUUCUGCUUCUCCGAACACCGUACCGUCUCCAUGAGCCUGAAGCUUCGAGCUGAAGAACUUGUAGGCCUUCAACUCUUCGCUUCGAUUCACCCAGAUAACCGGAUCCUUGAAAGAAUUGACGGAAUUCGCCAGGUUAUGGAUAUGUUUGCGAGUAAAAAUUGGUGGGCCUUUUUGAUUGUAUGGAUUUUCUAUCGCAACUUUGGCAAGGCGGCUCCUGGAUUGAAGCAAAGAUCUUCUUUUUAG